AUGUGCGUCACGUGGAAAAUUGUAGUGUUCGUUCCUCUACUAAGCUCGGUUCUGCACGCUCUGGAAUCCAUAUCAGAUGAGAGCAGCAACUCUAUUUUAACGUCACAAUAUAAUGAACACGAAUAUGAGCUAACGCAGGCGCACAAUUUCUACCGCCAAGAUGUUCUCCAGAAGUCGUGCCAAUAUAGCAUCAAGGAGGACGUGUUGGAACGGUUAGCAAAGCUCGAUCAAAUACCCACCGAUCAUCUUCUAAUUGAUCAUGAGCACAAAUUUCUGUACUGCUACGUACCGAAGGUUGCCUGCACCAAUUGGAAAAGAGUGCUGAUGAUAAUGGUAGGCAAAUGGAACGGGACGGAUCCAUUGCAAAUUCCUGCUGACUUGGCACAUUCGUCCGGAAUGUUUGAAACGUUUCAGUCGCUUGCGGACGAAGAAAAAAUAGCCGUCCUCUCGGAUUACAAUCGCUUUAUUUUAGUUCGCCACCCGUUCGAACGGCUUUUGUCGGCGUUCCGGAACAAGCUGGAAGCAAACUCAAAAAGCGCCAAAUAUUUCCAGACACGUAUUGGAAGGACAAUCAUAAAAUCAUUCCGAUUACAUGCUACGAAUGAAUCACUAAACAGUGCGGACGAUGUUACAUUUAACGAAUUCGUACAGUAUUUACUAACUCCUGAGUUGAGCAAAAGUGUAAAUAUGUCGUUCAACGAACACUGGGAGCCUGUUUCGAAUCUUUGUCAUCCCUGUUUAGUUCGUUACAACAUCAUAGGCAAAUACGAAACCCUAGCCGACGAUUCCUCUCUAGCUCUGCACCUUGCAGGAGUUGAUGGUCUGAACUUUCCGACGGUUUACAAGUCGGCAAGUACGCGAGAUCGAUUAAAGCAUUAUUUUAACAACAUUCCUUCAGAAACGUUGAAACGAUUGUAUUUACUGUAUGAGGAAGAUUUUAGGAAUUUUGAUUAUAGCUUAGAAGAAAUUUUCGGUUAUGAGCUCGUAUAACGGUAGAAGGAAUAUUCUGAUCAGAUAUUUACGGCUAUUGUGUUUUAGUACUAACAUUUUGGGUGCUGGUGUACUUACGA